GCAGAAAUAGUUCUGAGUUAUUGCGUAUUUGGCGAAAACGGACAGACUGCAGAGAUAAAAUAAUUGAUUUGCACAAAAAAUAUAUCAAAGAUACCCUUUUUAAACUUAACCAAAUGGAAACUCCAAUCCUCAAGGAGUCUGAAAUUCGAAUAUCCACGGAUAUUCCCGCACAAAUAUCAGACAUUCCGUUUGACAUGAAGUAUCUCGAAGAUAAUAAUAAAGUAGAAAAGUUGCUUUUAGAUCAGAUCAGCGCUUUUAAUGCAAUUGAAUCCUCUGAAAUUAGCGAUAACCAUGAUCUUCUUGGUAAGCUUAUGGACUUGUAUUUUAAUUUUGUCACUUGGUUUCGUAACAGUUGACCACUGAAUGUAUUGGACUCUGGUGAUCUCGCGGUUAUGGUUGAGUUCGCCAUGUGGUUCAGAUUAUCUGAACAUUUGCAGAUGGAUGUAUAAGGUCAACGCGCUACACCUGCUUUUCGAGCAUUAUUUCCGCGUAGAGGAACUGUCGCCAAGAAAGCUCUUGCCAUAAACUCAUGCUGUUAAUGUACAAAAUAUGUCAAUUUACCUGCAUAUAUAUACAUCAUUUUGAAUUGUUUUCUCUGGAUUAUUACUCAUGUUAACUUCCUUCAUGUUCAGCAUUGCGCUGUUCUGUGGUUCUUAACUGAUGUCUGAAUUUUUAUAUACGAAGCAUUUUUACUUUGCAAAUAGGGAAUAGUACCCUUAAAAGUGGAGCAGGUGGUGAAAACUUUGCACAAAUGUGCGGAAGUUCAAGUCGCCACAUUCCGUGUAGCACGCGAAGCAAGAGAAGAAAGUACAAGAAA